CAGCGUCGAGUCUCGCUUUAUUUGGGCGUUCGGCCAAAAAAAAUUUCGCUUCUUAGAAACAUUAUUUCCUGUGUGGCUUAGUAGGAUUUUAACUAGCUAGUAAGUAAAAUUAGCGUAUUAGCCAAAGCUAGCUUACGUUAAAGCAUUUUAAGAGUCCAACAACCAGUAUGGAGAAAGAUGAAAACCCAAACGUUCAGAGCCCAGACCAGGUCGCGCCUGGGAGCUCCCCUAACACACAAACUGCACUUGAUGAGGAUGCUGGAAAUCAAACAGCUGUCCAUGAGACCCAGGAGGAUAUCAGCUCAGAUCAGGAUAAAGAACCGAGUCCACCGUCUCAAAUACUGGGACAGGACACAUUUAGUCCCCAAGAACAGGAGAUCAUCAGCCCUGCUGAUGAUGUUGGGAACUCAACUGCUACAGAGCCUGAUAUCGCCACUGUGUCCGGUACCAGUAUGGAGAAAGAUGAAAACCCAAACGUUCAGAGCCCAGACCAGGUCGCGCCCGGGAGCUCCACUAACACACAAACUGCACUUGAUGAGGAUGCUGGAAAUCAGACAGCUGUCCAUGAGACCCAGGAGGAUAUCAGCUCAGAUCAGGAUAAAGAACCAAGUCCACUGUCUCAAAUACUGGGACAGGACACAUUUAGUCCCCAAGAACAGGAGAUCAUCAGCCCUGCUGAUGAUGUUGGGAACUCAACUGCUACAGAGCCUGAUAUCGCCACUGUGUCCGGUACCAGUAUGGAGAAAGAUGAAAACCCAAACGUUCAGAGCCCAGACCAGGUCGCGCCCGGGAGCUCCACUAACACACAAACUGCACUUGAUGAGGAUGCUGGAAAUCAGACAGCUGUCCAUGAGACCCAGGAGGAUAUCAGCUCAGAUCAGGAUAAAGAACCAAGUCCACUGUCUCAAAUACUGGGACAGGACACAUUUAGUCCCCAAGAACAGGAGAUCAUCAGCCCUGCUGAUGAUGUUGGGAACUCAACUGCUACAGAGCCUGAUAUCACCACUGUGUCCGGUACCAGUAUGGAGAAAGAUGAAAACCCAAACGUUCAGAGCCCAGACCAGGUCACGCCUGGGAGCUCCACUAACACACAAACUGCACUUGAUGAGGAUGCUGGAAAUCAGACAGCUGUCCAUGAGACCCAGGAGGAUAUCAGCUCAGAUCAGGAUAAAGAACCAAGUCCACCGUCUCCAAUACUGGGACAGGACACAUUUAGUCCCCAAGAACAGGAGAUCAUCAGCCCUGCUGAUGAUGUUGGGAACUCAACUGCUACAGUUAAAAUCUUGCUUUUGCCAGAUGGACACAUGAUGACUGUGGCGUUUAUGAUUGGCCUCACCAUUCAAGACCUAAAAAACAAUUUUUCCAAUGAACUGCGGGUACCAUCCGAACUUAUUCAGAUAACUCUCAAUGGUAAUGCUUUAGAGGAUCACCAGACCCUGAUGAGCCUUGGAGUGCAACCGCAUGCUACAGUCCAGUUGGAGAUGAGCUCAUUAGAUCCUGCAAAUUACCCCAUCAAGCCAGUUAAACCUCAGCAGGAAUGCAACAUGCCAGAUGUCAUUACUGUCAGAGUACAGACAGAUGCAGAUUCUUACCAAGAUGUGGUAGUCGAGAUUGAAAGAACCACUCAAAAGGACCCUUUCUUAGGAGGAUAUCGCCAAAAAGUCACAAAAACUGAGUUCUACCAUGCUGCAGUACAGACUAUGCCAAAAAGUAGACCUGAUAGAGGGGUGGAAACUUUAAACCGAGACACACAGACAUCGCAGGUAAAGACCCAGGCUGAGCAGUGCACUACCAACAGUUCAACUCAGAUGACUAAACCUGGGUGCUACGUAUCAAACAUGGAGGACAAAGUCAUCACACCUCGGAAAUACAUCAGUGCAGAUGAAUGCCACAGCAGGUUUCUUAACGCUGUAAUUACUAUCCAAGCACACAUCAGGCGCUGGCUUGCCAUACGGCUGACCACCAAGCUGAGACUGGAUAAGGAGCUGUGCCUGGCCUGGGUUGAACAGCAGAAAAGGAGAUGGAAAGAGGAGAAAGAAGAGCAGAUUAGAACAGAGUACCAGAGGAGAAUUAACCCAGAGACAAAAGAAGACUUUGCCCUGCUUUAUAAUGCAUUAGAAAAGUGGAGAAAGGAAGAAUUGGAGCGCAUUAAUGCCACUCUGUGUGGAGCCGAAAGGAAAGCUGCUCUUUGCGCUCUUUUGGAGCAGGAGACGCAGUUUCUCGCAUCUAUAGAACACCACCGAAUAGCUGCAGGAAAGAGAAACCAGGAGAAGGGAGUGCAAGCGUUCCUGAACAAGUGUGCUGCCCCUAAGCAAUGGCAAGCAUCUGAUGGGACAAUGACCCAGAUGGAUACGACGCACACUAUUAGGGCCAGAGAGCUUCGGGAUCUCUAUCGCAGCAUUACCAUGAGCGAUCUGAGCCAGGAGGAACGUCUUGAUGUGCUGUCUACACUCAAAAAUACUGUCAAGGAGCAUUCAUGUAAAUUGACACGAGAGAUUGUGGAGUUGAUUGACAGAGAAGCUGAUCUGCUGACGAGGGGCAUAAUGGAGCGCAACCUAGAGGGGCUGAGGAAGAGGAUUGCCACUCUCUUCCUUCAGUACAUCAAAAACCCUACUUUCAACCCUGAGGUGUCCAAACUGUUGUGGGUGCCACAAGACCCAGAGCAGCUAAGAAAGAAAAAUCAUUUGUGCCGUGGCUGCAGUAAAUUCCUGCCCCGCUCUGAAUUUCCCCUGACAUUAACCUCUCGCAUGAUGGGUCUUUGCCGUCACUGCAAACAGCUGGACAAUGAGGCUCGGCACAGGGAAGAUUUCACCCAUUACAGAAACAUUCUUAAACGCCUGCGCAAGGAUGAAUCAGAACUCAAUCCAGACGCCAAGAUCCCCUACCUCCUUCAGGAACGGGAUAUGCGCUAUCUAGUGGACGUGAUAUGGAGGGCUCAGUCUGCAGUGAGUGCGUGGAAGGACCUGCUUGACCUGCUGAUGGUGCGCUGGGACAGGUAUAGUGAAUGGACCCCCUGGAAUUGUGUCCUACUUACCAAAGAGGAGGCAGCUGUUCACCUCAAAGUUGAAAGCAUAGAGAAGACAUAUGCCACCGUGUUUAUCUCCAGCAUUAAACACAAGCAUGCUAUUGCCCGGACAUACUUCUCCCAGAUCCCUGUGAUGGUGAAGUAUCUCCAAGAUGUGAACUCACAGCCUGUUGCCCAGAACAACCUGCUGGUCUCCAAAUCUAUAAGCACAAUGAGUAAUCUCACAAAGUAGUCUCAGUAGGACACUACCUACAAUGUCUACAACUGUAAUGCAAUGUCUUUAUUUUAAACUCAAUAAAGAAAGCAUACAGUAGCACAACUGUUUUACAUUUAUGACUUGCCAACAUACAUGUGCUUGUUUAGUGGAAGUGACUCACUCUGUAUUGGAUUUUUAAAGACACUUAAACAUGUUUGUCAUGAAAAUUAUACUAAAUUUCCCUAGGUGUGAACAAAAAUAAAGACUUGCUGACAUGAAUA